CAGAGAUAUAAAGAGAUAAAAGGGUUAAAGGAGAUGGUAGACACUUUAGGGCACAGAUAAGCUAUCUUCACAAAACCUCAGAAAAAGUCAUAACAGGAAGCACCAACUGGACUGGACUGCGACAUUGUUACUGGUUCGUAAAUGAAGGAUCUGCGUAAAGGUGAUGGCGAAGCAGGGAUAGGAAGUGUGACUUCCGCAAUCACUAACCGCAACGUGUCUGUCCCCUUCCUGUUACUAGGAUCUUAUUUUGUUUCCAGUUUAUGUGAAUAGACGGUACAGGCUUCAAAGUCACUGUAGUGUGUUGCAGUGCAGGACAUAGGACGUGGUGACUUACUUAGUAUAUUGUGCAAGUAGAUUGCAGAAGAAGCAGCAAACAAGGGAUGCAAGGGAUCUCAGACAAUUAUUUGAUGCACAAGGAAUAUGAAUCAUGAAGAAUUGGAGAAGAUAUUAAAUAAUGAAAAGGGAACAUAAAGACAUAACCGAUCUAGAGAUCAAAAGAUAUAAAACACACCAACAGGCAAACCUGGAUGGAGAAUUAUUGGUAACCAGAUAGUGGUAAAUAAGAGUUUUUGUAUCAAGUGAUCACAAAUGGGGAGCAGAGACACAGCAAGAUAUUUAUUGCCAUUGUCAGGGUCACCUACCAAAGCCAAAGGAGUCCAGUUAUUAAUGGAGGACUAUGAAAACGGAAACACAAUGGGUCAGACAAAGGAGACUACAAUCACUUCACAAAGCAGAGAUGAGCUAUUCGAACAAAUUAAAAACUUACAGAACGAGAUAACAGAAAUUAUGGACGAUAUAGAUGACUUUGAGCGCCUGCAGUUAAGUCAAAAAAAGCAGAGAGACAAUGAAUUGCUCAGUGCAAGCAGGAAGUUUAACAUGGAUCCAGAAAAGGGAAUCCAGUUGCUUAUUACAAAGAAGUUUGUGGAAAAAGAUCCAGAACAAAUCGCAAGCUUCCUAUAUAAUGGUGCAGGACUGAGCAAGGCUGCCAUAGGGGUAUACCUCGGACAAAGGGAGUCACUGAAUAUCCAGGUUCUGAAGGCUUUCGUGAAAUGUCACAACUUGGAGAAACUCAGUCUUGUAGAUGCUUUGAGGCGAUUUCUUGGUAGCUUUCGGUUACCAGGUGAAGCACAGAAGAUUGACCGUAUAAUGGAGACUUUCUCAGCCCAUUACUGCCAAUGUAACCUGGACACCUUCAAGUCCACAGACAGCUGCUAUAUUGUUUCCUUCUCGCUGAUCAUCUUAAACACCAGUUUACACAACCCAAGUGUGAAGGACAAGCCCGACCUACAGCACUUCAUUUCUUUGCAUAGAGGCGUCCAUCCAGGUGGAGAUCUGCCCACAGACCUGCUUACCGACAUGUAUGAAAGCCUGAAAAAGGAGCCAUUUCAGCUUCCUGAAGAUGAAGAUUCAUGGGAACUUAGACUUGCCUUCCAAAAACCACAACGGGAGGGCUGGCUUCUUAAAAUGGGAGGCCGCGUGAAGACCUGGAAGAAGCGAUGGUUCAUUCUCAAGGACAACUGUCUCUAUUACUUUGAAUACACAACGGAUAAAGACCCACUUGGAAUAAUUCCUCUAGAAAAUCUAUGUGUUGAGUUAGCAGAAGACCCUAAGAAGCCGCACUGCUUCGACCUUCAUGCAAGAGGGCAAACUAUCAAAGCAUGCAAGACCCAAGCAGAUGGGAAAAAAGUGCAAGGAAACCACCAAUCCUAUCGAUUGUCCGCUGCAAAUCAUGAAGAAAGAGAGAGUUGGAUUCAGAGUCUUAAAUCCAGUAUGUCUUGGGACCCUUUCUAUGACACUCUUACCAUCCAGAAGAAGAUUUCAGCCAUCAAAAAUGGUCACUGACGAAGCGAAAGCAUAAGUUGUAUAUAAAUAAACAUCACAUGAACUCUGCAGCCAAGAUUUGAUUCCACGCAGUAUUAUCGGUGGUUGAAUACUUGGAUCUGUUUUUAUUUACUUACAAUUUGUGGUUUUUGUUCCUGUUUAACAUGACCAAGGCACCUCAAAAAUUUCACAUUUUGCUAGCAAUAUAUCGGCACUCAGAGCUGAAAAAUACAUUACGAUAAGUUUUCUAUCGAAACCUCCAAAUCAAGGAAGUCCACCUGGAAGCCUUACAGACAAGAUAUAUUCCUAACUCUCUUAAUAUACUGUACUUUGAUGUAUGAUGUCAAGCUUACACAAAAGGGUAUACCCAACCCAUAAGUAUCAUGGGCAAAUGCAACAUAGACUGUCACAAAACAUAAGAAGAUAUAGCAGAACAAGGUCAACAUUGGAGGACAAGGUCCUUGGACCAAACAUUUGGUGGAAAUACAAGGCAAUAUCCCCGAUUUUGAUAAGACAAACUCACAAACUUGGAUAGGAAGGGGCAAAGUUUAUGCUAGCCCCAUCCCAAGUGGACAAGCCUAGGUGUUUUGGGGGUAUUCCUAGGGUGGAAUGUAAAUAUCCCAAUUUUGGCUUAUUAAAAGUUUGAAAAGUAUAGUAAGACUCAAUUAAGCCUUAUCAUCUUGUAACACAAUUUGCUAUACACAUGUUUAUUCCCUUAGUGUGUAUUGGAACUAAACCAAAAAAGGGAGGAAAAA